GUUAUGUUCUCAGUGGAUUUCCUUCUCUCUCAGAGGAAUACAUGACUGUUUCACAGCAAAUAGAGAAAAUAAAAAAUCUAAAAUUAAAACCGGAUUUCCUGAUCAACAUUAAGUGUUCAGAUUAUGACUUAUGCCGAAGAAUAUCAGGACAAAGGCAACACCCUGAUUCAGGGCAGGUAUAUCAGAGAAACCAGUGGGAUUGUAACGUUAUUGAAAGGCAGAAAAAAGAGAAAGAUCAGUAUGAAGAAGAGAAUGAAGAAAAGGAUGAAGAACAGGAAGAAGAGACUGCAGAAGAUCCACUUACAGUGUCAGAAUUUUUGCAUCAAUUAGUGCAGAGGCCUGAAGAUAUUCUUGAAAAUGCAGAGGAAAGAGUUGGAAUGUAUAAGGAUAUAAUGCUUCAUCCUUUAGAAGACUUGAUGGCUGAAAAAGAUUGUCAAUAUCUUAUUGAACUGGAUGGAAAUCAGCAACCCGAUGAUCUCAUUGAGUCGGUGGUAGUUCGACUUCAAUCUCUGGGUGUUCAAACUGGCGCUCCUAUAACUAGACUUCAAAGUCAGCAAGAAGAAACGCUGGAGGGACUGAAAAACGAUGACCUUUUCCGGGUUCUGUCAUCUUGCAAACUACUAGCACACAGGUAUCGAUGGCGUAGAAGCAGGUGGGGACAAGCAUGUCCUGUGGCUCUGAAGGAAGGUGAUAUUGUAAUGGGAAACCCAGACUUGGCUGUCAGUUUUCUAGGUAAAAUGUACAUGCUGUCAUCCUCAGAGGCAUUGAAAACAUUUAUGUUGAAUCCACGGCCUUACCUGUUACCACCAAUGCCACUUCCUCCUUGUAAAGUGCUAGUAUUUGGUCCUCCAUUCUCUGGAAGAACAACUAUUUGUAACCUAAUCGCACACAAAUAUAAAGGAAAGGUUCUUGAUGUGACCAAACUCAUUCAACCCCAUAUCGAAGAAUCAAGAGAGGAAAACAUUGAGCAAGUGCGAAGGGAUGCAGUAGAAAAGGCGGUAACAACAGUGAAAAAUAGGUUGGAGUUAGAAAACCAGUCAAGAGAAUCAGGAGACUUGCAAGACCAUAGUAGUGUCAAAGAAGCAGAUGAUUCUGAAGAAAUCACUAAAACCAGAGAGGGAGUAAACUUGGAAGAGGAGACUACUAUAAAAUCUGCCAUCAUCCAAAAAGGAACAUCAAAGAUAAGUGCUGACCACCCGGAAGUUCAAGCAAUGGUAGAAGAAGCCAUAAAAAGUGCAUCAGUCUCCGAAGUCACACUGUCACCUGGAAUAUAUGCUGAAGUACUGAAGAGAGCUAUUGCAGAGCUUAUGAAGAAGAACAAAGACCGGUUUCCUGGUGCUCCAGAAAAAGGAGGCUGGGUAGUGGAUAACUACCCUCUGUCAGUAGAUCACUGGUCAGCUUUAUCAGAAAAAGGACUUUUACCUGACACUGUUGUCUGUCUGAAGGAUACUGAAAAAGAUGGAGUCUGUAUACUACGCAGAACAUACUUAGCAAAUAGGGAUGAAAUUAAUUCCAAGAUUUUGAAAAGAUUAAUGCACGAAGCAUUAGAAAAGAAAGAAGAAGAAGAAGUAAGAAGACAAGUGCAAGAAAUACUGACAUUAGAGGAAGAGCAAUCUAUAGAGGCUGCUGAGGAGAAAGGUGAAAGCAAAAAUGGUUCCAGUAAUGAGCAAGGUACUUACACGUAUCGUAUUGAGAGCGAAAAAUUUGAGGAUGAAGACGAGCAGCUUCCACCUCAAACUGAACAAAUACCCGAGAAACAGUCCAGUGGCUCUGCAGGUUACGAAGAAGAAUCUAAAUCUACAG